AUGAAGAUCGCGCCAUUCCUCCUCGUGGCGGCUGCUGCCGUCGUUCGGGCCUCGCCCCUCCCGACCAAGGCUACCACUGCUGCCACCGAGUCCUUUGCGACCAGCAUCGCGCUGCCAUCGGGCGUCGCUCCAGAGUCCAUCACACUCACCAGAUGCAAUCAGUGCCUCAAUGGGUGCAGCCGCCAAGGCCAAGUCUGUAUCGCGUGGUGCCACAGAAACGUCUGCAGGGAUGCGUAA